AUGCAAUUAGCCAAGACAUCAGUUAUUCAUGGGCUUUCUGUAUAAUUAAAAUUACUUGGAAUCAUUUAAUACAAUACAUUUUUUCUGGACAAAUUUUUCUAAAAUCCUUCAAAAUGUUGGAUUUUGACGAAAUGUUGGUGAAAGUGGGGGAGUUUGGGAUCUAUCAGAAGGCCCUCUUCGCCUUCCAGGCCCCUUUCUGCAUCUUUGUCACGUUCGUCCUCUUUGGCCAACUUUUCAUGACGCUCUACCCGGCGAAUAUCUGGUGCAAUAGUCACUUUAACUGCACGACAGGAAACUUGACGGCUGCUCAGCGGCACAACUUUUCCUUCUCGUACACUGGGAGAAAUCCAAAUCCAUGCUUUUUCCAUAACAUUGAUGCCUCCUUCGUGAUCGACAUUGUCAACAGGAUCAAUAGGGAUCGAGAUAAUUGCAACGGGCUUCCCUGCAAUUAUACUUAUGGUGCUCAAGAUCCUACAGCACCUCUCCUCCCAAACAACCCCACCCCUCCAGGUGCUAGACCACCAGAUAAUAUUUACGGCGACAGGGAACUUCGUCAAUAUGGAGGUGGUGGAAAUUCAUGGCGUGAUAAGGGUAACUACUACCAGCCUCCAAUAACCACAACCACCACUGGUCGGUACCACUACCAGUGGGGCAAUGACCAUGAGUCCACAGAGGACUGGGAGACCGCCACUGAACAACCCACCACACCCAAUACUUGGGGAAGACCAACGCCCCAAUGGUCACGACAGUGGAGCACCGGCACGCCCCCAGGACGUACAACGAAAACCACGGAGAGAUGGAGAAGUAGCAGUGCUACACGAUUUCCAGAUCGUCAAGGUAGUCGACAAACGACGACGUCCAGAAGUCGAGGCCCCCCUCUACCUCCAACCUCGGGACAACUUGGGGGGAUGGUUGUAGGACCCGUGUUACCCUUUUCUGAUAAUGCUACCUGUGACUCCUUCGUUGAUAUUACGCUUCGGAACAAUCGGAGUCGCAUCUUUUUCCCAGAGUUGUUUCCCAACAUGACCGGCCCAAACACCACUCAUGUCAGACCUUUCCUGCCCUACCGAAGUCCAGCGUAUCUCCCAGUUAACGAAUGUGAGAACGUAACGUGGGAUAGGAUCCGGAGUGGCGUUCCUUACGACACUAUCGUGACCGAGGGUGGCUGGUGGUGCAAUGCGGACAGUCGUACAACUGCGGCACAGGCCGUUUUCUUCCUGGGGGCCAUAGUGGGAGGUUUUGUCAUUGGUUUCAUAGCAGACAGUUUUGGUCGAGUUCCUGCCCUUGUGCUGGCGAAUUUGCUGGGUGCAAUUGGAGGAGCGUUGAGCGUCGUCUCGACCGAUUUUUAUCUCUUCAUGUUUUUUCGAUUUAUUACGGGAAUGGCGUUUGACAAUUGCUUUACCAUGAUGUAUAUCUUGGUCCUUGAGUUUUGUGGACCACAGUAUCGGACGCUUGUUGCCAAUUUAAGUAUUGCCGUGUUUUAUACUAUGGGGACCUUGAUCUUGCCCUGGCUGGCUGUGUGGAUUAGAAACUGGCGAGUUUACGGACUAGUUAUCUCUCUUCCAAUGCUACUUGGGCUCUCUGCAAUUUUCCUGGUUCCUGAAAGUGCUCGUUGGCUCCUGUCCAAAGGACGGACUAAGGAGGCGACCGAUAUUCUGAGAAGUUUUGCCAAAGUCAAUCGGAAAAAGGUGGAUGAGAGGGUUUUCGUAGAGUUUGAGUCCGACGCUAAAAAAUUGUACGACGAAAUGCAAGCAGACGAUGAAGAAGAAUCGUUUACAGCUGCACUAAAGACGCCACGACUCCGAAGAACGUUCAUUCUUUUGGUUUUAAUUUGGGCUAUAAUUGCUCUUGUCUAUGAUGGCCAUUCCAGGAACAUUCUCAACUUGGCUGAUGAAAACUGGAACGUCUUCUGGAUGUUUACCAUCGCUUCGAUGACAGAAUUUCCGGCAGAUAUGAUGCUGAUUUUCACUCUCGACCGAUUUGGACGUAGGUGGCUUUCAUUCGGGUCUUUGACUAUGUCUGGCGCAGCUUCGAUUAUUGCGGCUACGAUUCCACGACAAAUGAGGACGCUUGGACUCGUGAUGGCCAUCAUAAGUCGAUUCUUCGUCAACGUCGCAUUCAACAUUGGUUUACAGUACGCGGCCGAGCUCCUCCCAACCGUUAUCAGGGCGCAAGGAGUCAAUGCAAUUCACAUCAUGGGUUACGUCGCCUCCAUUAUUUCGCCUUUUGUGGCCCUAAUUGGACGGACUAACCCAGCCCUGAGUUUAAUUUUACUGGGUGCUUUUGCCAUAGUUGGGGGAUGUCUUUCCCUCUUUUUGUCCGAAACUUUAGGCGAGGAUUUGCCCAAUACAUUAGAAGAAGCGGAAGCUUUUGGAAUCAAUCAAAGUUUUUGGAAUUGUCCAAUUUGUGCAAAACCCAAGGAUGACGAACACGGUCAAAUAGAAGAGCCCCCAAAUCCGGAAGUAGUCCGGAGGAACAACUUGCGUUCCACCAUGCGUGGAGAGACUUAUCGAAGUUCUAUCAUUUCAAACUCUUCACGAGGAAGUAGGCCCGGAGUACCGUUUGUCAGCCGAAAUCCAAACACGGCUGCUCCCACUGAGACGACUAAAUUGCGGAGGAUAACUCAUUAAAAUUUAACGUUGAUAUUUAAUUUUAGUUUCAAUUUCUUAAAAAUUUGAAGUGCAAUUUAUUUAUUUUCCGUUUGAUAUUGUCGUAAAAAAUAAGGCCAUCGAGAAUAUUAUCACUGAAUUGAAUCUUUCUUCCUUCUUCUUCUUCUUGAUUGUCGUGUAAUUGUUAGCAAUUCAAUAAAUUAUUGUUAAUUACAACCUUUC